AUGACAGUACUAUUUUCCAUUCUUAGCCAAAGGGACUCAGUUCCAGCUAAGAACGCCGAUAUGCCUGUCACAGGGAAUGAAGCAACAGAAAGUAAAAAUAAGGUCUCCUUUAAAGUUCUGGAGUUUAGGUCUUCAAACACAGCUUUUGCACUGGCAGGUGAGAAAGCUUUCAUAUUCCGUGUUAGGUUUGACCGAGGUGUAAAAGUCAAGAUCGAUAAAGGUUAUCAUAAUGAUGUGUCUCUUCUUCACCAUGCUGUUAAUGAGCAAAGCAAUGCGUUUUUCCUGUCCUUCCUUUUGAGAUCCCUCAUAGCAAAUGUUGAAGGAAGCUGUGUAAUUGAAGUACCCAGAGCACAUCGAACAUUACCGACUUCAGCGACACAACCUGGUGAAAAACGGCAAUCUGAACAGCGGUCUAACACCACCACCAAUAUUAUGAAGGACAGACAUUUACCUCUCUCAGUUCUGGAGGCUGAAAGUCGAGACCGGAUUGCUUACUGUGUGCCCGACUCUACAGUGAAACUGAUCCUUACAAAAAUCUCUUUGAACAGAAGCAACAAUGAAGACAAUGCCAUGCAACCCAAUGUGGUAGCACCCAGUCCCCUGCUUGGAGCACCCUCCCAGGUUCUGAGAGGGGUGCAAGGAGGGGACUCCAUGAUGGACAGCCCAGAGAUGAUCGCCAUGCAGCAGCUUUCCUCACGUGUUUGCCUGCCCGGUGUGCCUUACCACCCCCGACAGCCUGCUCCCCCACAUUUACCUGGCCCUUUUCCACAGGGAGCUCACUCAGCAUCAGUUAGUGUGUCAGCCCCCAAGCCUGCCUUGGGGAACCCUGGGAGGACACAGGAUAACAGUGAAAUAGAAGAGCCUGGAAAUGACCGAGCAGAUCCCUUACCUGAGCUUGAGGAGCCACCAAGCGUUGGUGCCUCAGAGGGGGUAUACCUCAAACAACUACCUCACACUACACCGCCCUUACCAACCAACUGUACCAGGCAGAGUUCACCACAAGAAAGGGAAGCAGAGGGCCCAGAGCUCAAAAAUGACUCCUCAGCAUCUGAAAACAACUGUCAGGCAACAAAGGGCAAAAAUACCUGGCCCUCGGAGAGUGGCUACAUCAGCCCAGCAGCCCAGGGCUGUAUGAGGGACCUCUCCACUCUGGCAAAUAGAGGAGCUCUGCCUGAAAAUGGAGUGGUGGUUGAAGUACCCACUAGUGGAUCAGAAGGGAAGGGCCUUGGUGGUAGUGGUACAGAAAAGCCACUCUGCCCCAGAGGUAAAACAUUGCAGGAAACCAUUUCGUGUUCAGGACAGAACCCAGCUACACCUCCCAAAGCAGACCCCAAUUUGAUGGAAAGCACUGUCAGUCAGUUUUCUCCCUUGUACAUGCCUGGCCUGGAAUACCCAAAUUCAGCUACACAUUAUCACAUCAGUUCAGGCCUACAAGGUCUUGGCCCUGUGAUAGAAAGUAAACCCUCAAUAUCACAUGUUCAGCAUUUUUCCCCGAGGGGCUUUCAUUCUAACAGCCCUCAUUCUGGAGUCUUUCCCCGUUAUCGCCCCCACCAAGGAAUGAGAUAUUCCUACCAGCCACCACCUCAGCCUUCCUACCAUCACUAUCAGCGGACUCCUUAUUACACAUGUCCACAGGGCUUUUCUGAUUGGCAGAGACACCUUCAUCCCCCAGGAAGCCCAAGUGGGCUCCCACCUAGCCAGCCUCCCCCUCCACGA